AUGUCUCUGGAGUUGGAAGACGUUACUGGGGCGACAGGCGACGUCCUCGAGGAUUUCCUGAUAGUAUUCCGGCGAUGUUUGGCAAAGUAUUUGGACAUUGGCGAGGACAUGAACGUCCCUGAUGACUUCACACAGAGUGAACUGCAGACUGGUAAAUGGUGGCGACACCUGCUUGCCGGUGGCAUCGCCGGCGCCGUCAGUAGAACCUGCACAGCUCCCUUAGACAGACUGAAAGUGUUCCUUCAGGUGAAUCCCACCAGAGAAAAUAUGGCCAAGUGUUUAGCGAAAAUGAUUAGUGAGGGCGGCAUAAGCGGCCUGUGGCGGGGCAACGGCAUAAACGUGAUCAAAAUAGCCCCCGAGUCUGCGUUAAAGUUCGCCGCUUACGAGCAAGUGAAGCGGCUGAUAAAGGGUGACAAGAAAAAUCACCCGCUCGCAAUACACGAGCGGUUCGUCGCCGGGGCGACCGCCGGUGCAAUUAGUCAAACUGUGAUCUACCCAUUGGAGGUGCUAAAGACAAGAUUAGCUUUAAGGAAAACGGGACAGUAUAGCGGCAUCGUGGAUGCGGCGAGGAAGAUAUACGCCAGGGAGGGCCUCAAGUGUUUCUACAAAGGUUACAUUCCAAAUAUAUUGGGCAUCGUGCCCUACGCGGGCAUUGAUCUAGCGGUGUACGAGACACUCAAGAAGAAGUAUAUUAGCAAAUACCAAGCACAUAACGGCCAGCCCGGCAUGCUUCUGCUACUCGCGUGCGGCAGCGCGUCGUGCACUCUUGGACAAGUUUGCUCCUACCCGCUCGCCCUUGUGAGGACCAGGUUGCAGGCGCAAGAGAAGGCAGCGAAGGGCGCCGAGGGCACGAUGCGCGGCGUGUUCCGCGACAUCGUACAGCGGGAGGGUGUCUGCGGACUGUACAGGGGGAUCACGCCCAACUUCAUCAAAGUGAUACCCGCGGUCUCCAUCUCGUACGUGGUGUACGAAUACGCCAGCCGGUCGCUCGGCGUGAACAUGACG